AGUCAUUUCGUCCGGCGACAGUUGCCUUAAACCCUUUCACUUUCAGACUCGUUGAACUGCUACUGUCGGUUUCUGUUACAGACCUCCCAAAAGCACCCCAUGAAUGGCGGAUUUUUCCCAAAUCUCUUCUUCUCGAUCUCCCUUUCAUAAUCCUUCUCCGUUCGAUUUCUCUCUCUUUAUCAUGUAUCCCUGCAUUCCAAGUUAAGUAACCGGCAUUCAUGGCGGAAAAUCGGAGGAAAAUAGAUCUCUUUCCCCCCUCACUGGAAUCUUCGGAGCUAGGCUUUGGUCGAUCGAUCUUCGGAGCAGGAUCUAUGGCGGAAAAUCACGAUCCUAGAGAAUUCGGAUCUGAACUGGAUUUAUCGGGCCGCUCAAUUGCGGCUUCGGCGUCAUUCCGAGCAGAGAUCAAGACGGCCGCGGCGAAGAAGAAGUAUCCCAAGCGAUCGAGCCUCGAUGAAGAGGACUUCAUGAAUUUCUUGCACGGUUCCGAUCCGGUGAAGAUCGAGCUCAACCGCCUUCAAAACGAUGUGAGAGACAAAGAUCGUGAACUAGCAGAAGCUCAUAAUGAAAUUAGGGCCUUAAGGUUGACCGAACGAGCUAAAGAGAAGGCUCUUGCUGAGGUUACAGAGGAGCUGGGAAAGAUGGUAGAGAAGUUCCAGGCAUCAGAAGCUGCUCUUGAAAACAAGAACCUAGAAAUCAAGAAAAUCUCUGAUGAGAAGAAAGCUGCAUUAGCUGCACAGUUUGCUGCGGAAGCAACCCUUCGAAGAGUCCAUGCUGCUCAGAAGGAUGAAGAGUUACCUCCUUUAGAGGCUAUACUUGCUCCUCUUGAAGCAGAAAUUAAGCUUUUGCGGCAAGAGGUUUCAAAGCUUCAGGACGACAAUAGAGCCUUAGAGAGACUUACCAAAUCCAAGGAAGCAGCUUUGCUGGAUGCAGAAAGGGAAGUCCAUCUUGCAAAAAUCAAGGCCUCUCUAGUCGAUGAUUUACAGAAUAGGAACCAGGAACUUAUGAAACAGAUUGAGAUAUCUCAGGAAGAAUAUAAGAUUUUAGACAAAAUGCAUCGCCAAAAGGUCGCAGAGGUUGAGAAGCUGGGUCAAACCGUUCAUGAACUAGAGGAGGCUCUUCUUUCUGGGGCUGCUGCUGCAAAUGCUGUGCGUGAUUAUCAACGUCAGGUUAAUGAGCUGAUGGGGGAGAAGAAGAUGCUCGAAAGGACAUUAUCUCGUGCAAGGGUCACAGAAAAUCGAGUUGCAGUAGUAGUUGCAAACGAAUGGAAAGAUGCCAAUGACAAAGUUAUGCCUGUCAAGCAGUGGCUUGAAGAAAGGCGAUUCCUCAUGGGUGAAAUGCAACAGCUUCGUGAUAAGCUCUCAAUAGCCGAGCGCACUGCCAAAACAGAGGCCCAGCUCAAAGAAAAGUUCCAGUUGCGGUUGAAAGUUGUAGAGGAUGGUUUAAAAUCAUCAAUAUUUUCUGGCAAUCGUUCUUCUGAACUGCGAAGCACCUAUAAUGGGACGCCUCGACGCCAAUCAGUGGGUGGAGCUGAAAUUUCCUCAAGGAUUUUAUCGAGUGGAAUUUCUAUGAGAAAAUCAUCAGCUUCCCUAGUCAGGUCAUUGACAAUGUCUAGCUCUUCCAGUGCAAUAAUGAGACAUGCGAAAGGUGCGUCUAGGUCCUUCGAUGCAGGAAGAUCACUGGAUGAAGAUCAAUGUAGCCUCAAAUCAUUUGGAGAGGUUUCUGAUAAUAACUGUAUGAGAGAUGAGAUUGAUGGGUUAUCCUCAAGCAGCGCAUCCGUUGAUACUGACAAGGCAUGUAUUGAUGGAAAGCAAUCAGAUCAUGAAGAUGCAUUGCCCGAUGAUUUUGUUUCAGGCAUUUUUUAUGACAUUCUACAGAAAGAGGUGAUUGCUUUGAGAAAAGCAUGUCAUGAGAAGGACCAAAGUUUGAAGGACCAGGAUAAUGCUAUAGAGAUGCUGUCGAAGAAAGUAGACACUCUCACCAAAGCAUUGGAGGUAGAAGCAAAGAAAUCACGUAGAGAAAAGGCAGCUAUGGAGAAGGAGGUAGCAUCACUGCGAAUUGACAAAGAGCAUGAACAAAAAGCUAGACGGUUGCCUAGCUCAAAGGGUUUGAUUAACAAUCUCCACAUGCCUUCGGGAAGUAGCAUCUUUCUUGCAGAAACUUGAGAAACUCAUGAAACUCCAAAUGGUUCCUACCCCAUAUAUGUACGGAGGGAUCUUCUAGAGAAACAGUGGACCACAUCCAUCUCCAUCUCUGGUCAUUGGGAACUGUCAUUUCUCUUCCGUUUGUGUUGGACUGCUGUACUUGCAUUCUUGAAGCUUGGGUGUGAGCAUUCUUUUCUCUGAUCAAUCUAUGAGAAAAGAUACAUUCUCACCAUGGUUCUCUGCUAUGCAACUUACGAAAACCAUGCCACAUGCAUGUAGUCACUUGUACAUAAGCAAGGAUGGGUUUUAUCAAGUGAAACCCGACGAAGGUUUGCUUGUCCUCCUAAAAAUAACAUGCAGGAAGAUCACGAAUAUAUCCAGGUAGUAGUUCCUUUGUGAGGUAAGGAUUAAAUGUUUGCAGGAAAGGACUGUGAAUAAAGAUCAGUUCAUUUUGACCUCCUCUUUGUAUUGUAAUUUGCUAUUCCUCUCACAAUCAAGGCACCCAGAUGAUAUAUUCAGGUUCAUUUCAA